GUGCGGCGUGGGGAGAGCAGGGCUGGGGCACGGCAUCCCGCUACGGGUGAUGGCGGCCAGGCAGCCCGGUUCCCGCCACCCGGGACAGGGCAGGGGGGCGCGGCGCCAGGCUCUCGGGGUGUGGGAAGUGAUGGAGUCGGGAUACAGGCAGUGCAGAACUAGGUGGAGGUGAAUUGGACCCAGCAGCAGCACCAUGGCGAACUCAACACAGGGACUCCCCAGUGCCGAGCUCUGGGCCUCUCAUAACAAGAUGGUGUUGGAGCCACUGGACACCAAUGACCCAGAGGUGCACAGCAUCAUCAAGAAGGAGAAGCAGCGGCAGAGGUUGGGGCUGGAGUUAAUUGCAUCAGAGAACUUUGCCAGCCGAGCGGUCCUGGAGGCCCUGGGAUCCUGCAUGAACAACAAAUACUCUGAGGGUUACCCAGGACAGAGGUACUACGGCGGGACGGAGUUUGUGGACGAGCUGGAGAGGCUGUGCCAGAAGCGAGCCCUGCAGGCCUACCGGCUUGACCCCCAGAAGUGGGGAGUCAAUGUCCAGCCCUACUCAGGGUCACCCGCAAACUUUGCGGUGUACACGGCCCUGGUGGAGCCCCACGGCAGGAUCAUGGGGCUGGACCUGCCCGAUGGCGGCCACCUCACCCAUGGGUUCAUGACAGACAAGAAGAAGAUCUCUGCCACCUCUGUCUUCUUCGAGUCCAUGCCCUACAAGGUCAACCCCAAGACUGGUUACAUCGACUAUGACAAGCUGGAGGAGAAUGCCCGGCUCUUCCACCCCAAGCUGAUCAUAGCAGGUGUCAGCUGCUACUCGCGGAACCUGGACUACGCCCGCAUGCGGAAGAUCGCCGACGACAACGGCGCCUAUCUGAUGGCCGACAUGGCGCACAUCAGCGGGCUGGUGGCCGCCGGCGUGGUGCCCUCGCCCUUCGAGCACUGCGACAUCGUCUCCACCACCACCCACAAGACCCUGCGGGGCUGCAGGGCCGGCAUGAUCUUCUACCGCAAAGGCACCCGCAGCGUGGACCCCAAAACGGGCAAGGAGACCCUCUACAACCUGGAGAGCCUCAUCAACCAGGCGGUGUUCCCAGGGCUGCAGGGAGGCCCACACAACCACGCCAUUGCAGGGAUCGCCGUGGCGCUGCAUCAGGCCAUGACACCCGAGUUCAAGGCUUACCAGCAGCAGGUGGUGGCCAACUGCAAGGCACUCUCAUCAGCAUUGAUGGAGAUGGGCUAUGACAUUGUCACAGGGGGCUCUGACAACCACCUGAUCCUGGUGGACCUGCGCAGCAAAGGCACAGACGGCAGCCGGGCCGAGCGGGUGCUGGAGCUCUGCUCCAUCGCCUGCAACAAGAACACGUGCCCUGGUGAUGUCAGCGCCCUGCGCCCCAGCGGGCUCCGGUUCGGCACGCCGGCGCUCACCUCGCGCGGCUUCCGGCAGGAUGAUUUCCGCAAGGUGGCCCAGUUCAUCCACAGAGGGAUCGAGCUGGCUGUGCGCGUGCAGAAGGACAUGAGCCCCAAGGCCACGCUGAAGGAAUUCAAGGACAAACUGGAGGAACCAAAAUACUGUGGGGAGCUGAAGGCACUGAAGGAAGAGGUAGAAGCCUUUGCAGCCAAGUUCCCGCUCCCAGGGCUACCUGUCCUGUAAGAGGACACAGCCAUUCCCGCUCCCACAGCCACAGGAGCACCAGGGAUUGUGGCACACUCACAGUCCCCAGCCUGAGAACAACACCCCAGUGCCUUCUCCCAGCACUUCCCUGUGGAACUGCAGCAGCACCUCCUCCUUUGGCUCUUACUCCUCUUUCCCCUCCCAUAGGGGGCACAGGGACCCACAUGAGUACAACGCCGGUGGGGACACCAGCCCUUCACCACUGUGUCACCACUGGGUCUGAGCACCAGGUCACCCUCACCUCAUGACCAGGUGCCAUCCAGCUCCUGCUGGCUGUGGAGAAGCAGAUUCCACAUUCCCUGGACAUCCUGCCCAUGGCAGUGUGAGGGAAAGGGGCUCCAGCUGCACAGGAAACCUCAUAGUCACUUAAAGUCCCCCUGGUUUCAGCCUUGAGGAUUCUUCUUCAUCCUAUGUGCCUUGCCACCUCCACAGGCUAUGUCAAUGCCAAGCCUUGUCCUGAACAUCCCUCCCAUCCUAACCAGAUCCUCCAGUAUUUUCUCAGACCCCUUGGCACAAAGCUUAGGUUGAACCAUUUUUUAAUAAGCAUGGUAAAAUUAAGAAUUUAACCACAAUGUAUGACAAGAAUUAUAAGCUUUAAAAAAAUACGACCAAUUUUUUUUUUUUUUUUUUUUUUGUAUUUCAAAAAUAUCUGAACCCAAAUAAAUAUUUUUUUUUAAAAGUACAUUUCUCAGACUAGUCAUUUGGUGUUAACAUCUGUUAAACUCUUGUGCAGUAACACUUACAGCACGACACUAAGACAUGCUUCUUGGAUUUCUCCCGGUCACACUCGCCCUAACUAUUGACGCAAGCAUUCAGCACGCACAGGCACACACACGGAACUCAACAUGCAGGAAUAGGAUACAGUGCUUUUAAAAUAGGAUGAGAAUUCAUCACAGCCUCCUGGCAGCCCUCAGAGGCAGCUCCGAGCCCAGCCCCAUCCCCGUGCCAGCAGCCGUGCCACUGGCAGGACUGGGUACCCUGCUUCUGCCUUCCAGUUCAAUCCGUCUCGGGGAGCAGUGGGUGGGGGGUUUGUGACCCCUCCAGCAUCGGGGUGCAGUUUGGUGCUCUGACAUUGUGCUCUGGGGCAGCCUGGGCAGCUCCCUGGAUUCCCUCAGACCCUGUUACAGGAGCCUUCUCACUGUGCUGCUGCUACAAGCCCUGGGUCCUACCCAGCUCCCGGAAUCUGCAGCAUGGGAUAGCCCCCACCAGACCAGGGGACUCAGGACCCUCACGCUCACUAAAACCCAAAGAACUGACCUGAGGGCACAGAGCCAUCAGGUCUCGACCCUGGAGUGCCUCUCCCACCACGGUGAAUAUUGCUAGAGUAUAGGCAGCUCCUCCCUGCCGAGGCAAGGCAGCUAUGGAGCUGCUCAGAAGUGAUUGCUAUCAGAUGAGAGGAAAUCUGAGCACUGUUCUCUGAGAAAUGAAACCUUUGUAGGGUUAAGAUCACCUACAGCUAUGGCUGACCCUCCUGGGGUGGGAGCUGGAAGCAGAGGGUUAGUGGAGAGCAGAGCAGGGGCUCUCUGAGCAGCUGGGAAGAGCAGCAGUGGGAAUCAGGAGCUCUCCCUCCUGGCCGGGGGAAGCUUCUGCUCUGAUGAAUUCUCGGUCAGGUCGAACACCUCCUGUCCCUGGCAGCGAGGGAGGAGCCAGCGCGGCCGUGCGGGAGUGGGGACAUGCUGGGCUGGCAGCACUCACGGAAGCAGGGACUGGCCAUGCAGGGCACUGCUGGCUCUGGCAGCUGGAAGGCUGGUGAGGAUGGCACUGUCCCUGCCUGGAACCCGCCCUGCUCCUCGUGGGAAGGAUAGCUCAGGCAAGACAACGACACAUGUGCCAGGACUCAUGGCAGGAGCUAUCAGUGCAAAGGUUGUGGCUUGUUGUUAGUCUGUGAAUAUCAGAAACCAGUGAGGUACCACACCAGAGAUGGGGGAAAGUCCUAAAGUGCCAAUACAGGGAUCUGUACUGUACAGGAGCAGAAGAACAGAGACAGAGAAAUUACAGAGGAAAGAGGAAUUCAGCUCCCAAACACCAGCUGUGCUUGGAAUCCCCCCAGUUUCUGCCACCACAAGCAGAGAGGGCUCCAAAUGCUCUGAGGUGCCACAGCCCAGUGUUAACUCCCCCUUUUCCAGUCCAAGUUCAGAGGUUACACUGCUGAGAGAAGGACAAGCACUCCAGGGCGUGUUUCUCCACAGCUCCCAGUUGCAGAUAAUCCCAGAGCUCCUGUUGGGAAUCGGGUGAUGUUCCAGCCAAGCCCCUGGGGCAU